AAAACAGCCGCUGAUCAAGGUAAGUGGAAAAUAGUUAAUUAGAUACUAAAUCAAGGAUGCAGAUCAAGCUGCUAUGAUCUUGCAUAGCAUAGGAUUGAAUUCGUCGUCCCCAACAGAGAAAAGCCGAGAAGAGAAACGAAGAUAAGACCCAGAAUCCAAGAGAAGCUUCUAGGCCCUGCACCGAAUUCCGCGGCCCUCUAAUCUAAAAAGCAUAAAACCCAGAAAAGGCAUUGCAGAACUUAUCAUCUCGCAGCAAGGUAAGUGAUAGCAGCAGGCCGAGAAGAAUCUUCUCCACAGCUCAGUCUUAACAUAUCGAUAAUGGCGGAGAGUUUUUUCGUAGACCCAUUCAGGCGCUUCUUCUGGAGCCCUCCAAUCUUUCGACAGUGGUCUGGGUCACUAGCCCUGAUGGAUUGGCUUGAAACCCCCAAUGCCCACAUCUACAAGGUCAACGUCCCAGGAUUCGGGAAGGAUGACAUAAAGGUUCAGGUAGAAGACGGGAAUGUUCUACAGAUAAGAGGAGAAAGAACAAAAGAGGAAUCCGUUGGGAAAGAUGCAGUUUGGCACAUCGCGGAGAGGGGGACUUCGAAAGGAGAGUUUGCUCGAGAAAUUGUGUUGCCGGAGAAUGUGAAGGUCGAUCAGGUAAAAGCUCAGGUGGAAAAUGGUGUUCUUACUAUCGUCGUCCCCAAAGAUACAAAUCCCAAGUCAUCGAAAGUUCGUAAUAUUAAUAUUUCCAGCAAGCUUUGAAGUUGAUUUUGCAGAUAAAAUGGAAGUCUACUUGUGAUUGGUACAUAUAUAUAUAUAUAUAUAACAGCAGGAACGACAACUCCGAUAAAUCUCUGGUUUCUUGAGAUUGUAUAAUAAAAUUCUGAAUAAUUCUGAACGUUUUCCCUAUUUAAUUAUAGUAUUUUAUGUUUUAAAAUUCUAUUUGCAUAUAUUAUAAGCAAGUCCUUAUUUUUCGUUGACAA